AAGGUGACAGUACGUGAGGUACGAAGCCUGUUCCGCAGUCGUAUCCGCAACCUCCGCGCGCGUUGCCGUUCAACGACGAGGGUAAUCGCACUCGCCCUCGCGAAAGCCGUUGUCCACUAUACGUGCGCGCGCGCGCGCCCUCGCGUAACGUUUUCCGCGUCGUCUUCCUUCCCCCCGUUGUGCCCUGUCGUGGAGACCGGAGGAAGCAACCGGAGUACGAAGAGUGGCCCGCGAGGAGCCAGAGACAAUCACAAGUGACACAAGUGCGCUAAGCCGGGAGUGCUUAAUGACCGGAGGAUUCUUUGCAGUUCUCAUCUGUGAUAACGUAACGAGCGCGGCCACCCGCGGCUGAUACACGGGAUUGUAAUCCCUAUCACGUGUUCACGUGUGCCGCGGCGAAAAGUUUCCUCGCGGGAUAAUCUCUCUUUCUCUCUCUCUCUCUCUCUCUCUUUCCGUGUCGCGCGCACGGAUGCCGCCCGCCGCGACCUGAUUACGCGCGCCGCGUGCCGUCCCCGUGCGUGCGUGCGUGCGUGCACGUCGCACACCACGAGGAGCGCGACGAAAUUUACCCGAUGAACGGUGGAAUGGUUUGUGUCUGGUUGGACUACGACGACAAGUGAUAAUUAGCUCCAGCAGCUCCCGUUCCCGGCAAAGGAUUUUUAUCGACAGCUGGGGGGACCGACGACGACGAAGCAGGGGCAGCGAUCAAGAAGCCAUUAGUAGAUCCGAGGGCGUGUUAUGAAAUUGCUGCCACCAAUUCAGAUAUCGCAGCUACCGCCGGUUUCCGCCACUGGCGGAAUGGCCGGAAUGGAACCUCGGCUGCCUCCGGGUAUAUCUUUGCCUUUAUGUCCGGACUGGGCACUCUGGAGGGCCCAAUACGGGCCCUCGAUGGGUUUCCCGCCUACAACGCAUCCACCGCCCAGUCCCCUCUUGGAUUUUAAAACUCAUCUACCAACGAGUUUAGUGUCCGACCCUAGACUGUGGUCGAGGGAGGACGUAGCGGCGUUCCUGCGGUGGGCCGAACGGGAAUUCGACCUGCCACCGUUCGACAUGGACGUAUUCCAGAUGAACGGCAAGGCUCUGUGCUUGCUGACCAAGGCCGAUAUGGGCGAGAGGUGUCCGAGCGCUGGCGACGUGCUGCACAACGUGCUGACAAUGCUAGUGCGUGAUUAUAGUCAGUUACAGAGAUGCCUACCGAGCAGUCCGGUGACACCAACCAGACCAUCCAUAUAUCCGCUGAGUCCACAUUCGCAUCCGCCUACACCAACGUGGACGGAGACGCCACCAUACGCCUCGAAUCUCGCCUCGUUAAUGUCGGCCAACUCAGUGACACUAUCGCCAGCACCGUCUGUGGACAGUCAGUCGGGUUCACCCAGUCACGCGACCGACGCGAAUCAGACGCAAGUCUAUAAGAGCGAUUCGGACGAAGACAACACUCACCAGGUGUCAAGCGGCAAUAGCAGUCCACCGGCCACACCGACCGCCUUGGCGGCACAGAGGCUCAGUGAGGUGAGCGUCAAGGAUCAACCGAGUCCGACGUUACCGCACCAGUUGAUGCCGCUGACGCCCGGUACCUUUCGAUCGAUCACCAGCACAAACAGAGAGUUCUUCCCUAACGAUUCGUCGGAACCCAACACCAAUAUAUAUAUGCUCUGGGACUUCCUUCAGCAAUUGCUGAACGACCCCGCGCAACGGUACCAGCAUUACAUCUCGUGGAAAACUCGAGAAACUGGCGUCUUCAAGAUUGUCGAUCCACCUGGUCUAGCGCGACUCUGGGGCAUCCAGAAAAAUCAUCUCUCUAUGAAUUACGACAAAAUGAGCAGAGCUUUACGUUAUUAUUACCGCGUGAAUAUACUUAGAAAAGUACAAGGCGAACGUCAUUGUUAUCAAUUCUUGCGUAAUUCGAUCGAAUUGAAAAACAUCAAGAACAUAUCAUCGCUGCGCCAUCAGAUGCGAAUAAAGUCUGAACCAGAGGAGGAAAGGACUCUUUCCGGAAGUCCCGAGGCGGAACCGGAAAUGGACAUGCCGACGGAUCUCUCAAUGUCCAGCAUGAACCAACCGAGCGAACAGCAGCAGCAGCCCCUAUCGUUACACGACCCACCUGCCAAGUACAGAAGUCACGCGUACAAUCUCGUUAAAACCAAUCAGGAGGAGCCGGAAGAGAGGAAGUGACGCGGGACCUAGCGAUGGUAGGAACGCAAUGAUUGUGCGUAAUUGCAUCAUGGCAGACUGGGAGCCGACGGCGAAAUGACCUCGACGUAAGAAGGGUUCCACAUCGGCUACUGAGUGAUAUCUGUACAAAGAUAUGCGAAGGUUUUCAAGAUGGGAAAGGAUGGAAUCCAAAAGGCGUAAUUUAUCGACAAGACUCAGAAAUACGAUGACGAAGAUAAGAUCUAAUCUCGAAAUUAUCCAGUGGUAAUUGUAAAGAGAUAUACCGAUGGUUAGAGAUUUUGUAAUCAUUAAUAAAUCGUAGAACGCGCGAAAUAUAAAUCGCAGGACAAAACGUGAUAAAAGCUACGAUUUUAAGCACAUUACAAGACUUUUUGAGAAUAAUCGUCAGAAAGGGAGCAUUCACGUUUAUUCAAUUCGCACAUUGACGCUCUAAGGGUAAAGGAUUCUUUAAAAAUCAAGAAAUUUUACGUCCCACAUAUGUGCCCAGCUUUGUGUGUUUAUCGAGAAUUCAAAGUUGCAGUUAUACAAGAAUCCUCUCCAUUUUCGUCGUUAUACGUAAGAGUGUGACAAGAAACGCAAGAAGAGAGUGUAUCUCCUUACGGUGCAAAUCGGAUAACGAUUUGCUCCUUCCUCUCCUCCACCCUCACAUAGAUUCGCGUUCAGUGCCGAUAAUGAUAGACGCUUCAAUGUGAAGCUGAAUCUUCGCGGAUAUUCCGCCCUAUCCCUUUCCCUGCUUUCUCCUCGUAACGGAGUGAAUCACCCAAACCGAGCAAUUUCCUUUCCACUUUUACAACGACAAGAUGUGUAUGAAACGUACGGUCUUAGGUGCACUUAAGAACAUACAUACGACGAUUCAAUGUACAAAGAAUGCCAGAAGGAGAACUGUUACCAGGUCUUUCUUUUCUUACGCGUUUCUCUGCUCCUCUUUUUCUUAAUCUUAGGUAUAUUCUGUGAUGUACGACUUCAUUUUUUUUUCUUGGCGAAACGUAGCCUAUAAAUAAGGUCGAUCCCAAAGAAAGACUACUUGAUUUGAAACGUUCAGUGUAAAUAUACAUCACAGAACAAUUAUAUUAUUAAUGUUUCCGUAGUUUCCGGAGUAUAAAGAGCUUGACAAAAUCUUUUUCACGAUAGUUUAAUAAUUAUGUAUAUCUGUGACACAUAUAGAUCGGAUUUUAAAGGAAACAUUUAACUGGAUUUUCUCAAGCUCUUACUGUAUAUGCACCGAAACGGUUCUCCGUUAUUUUGACGUAUUUGUGCCAAGAACAUUUGCCGUUUAAUAAGACAACGUUUUAUGUAUUUAGUCGAUUGUUCCAAAAAAACUCGGUAUAUCACGAUUUUGGAACCAAUAUGUAUCCCUUAAGCUCGAUGUAUGCGUUAUAUCAAGAAUGCGCCAUAAUCGAGUAUCGUAUAAUCGAUUAUACGUUGUAGGAACUGUAUAUAAACUUGAACUAAUGAACUGAACUAUAUAAUGAAUUGUAAAUGCGAACGAAAGAUGAAUAUUAGAAGAAUAGUGCAAGAAUCUUAUGGAAAUUCGGGGCCAGAGUUAGAUAUAUAAAUUUAUCUAUAGAAAAAAAUAUAUAUAUAUUUUACUAUCAAAAUUUAUAUUCGAAAUUUCUAUGUUUGUUGCCUGUGUGAUUGUGGCUUACAUUCCACGACUCUUUAUUCGAGGUUUAUCCACGAGAUAAACCACGAAAGUCCGCAAGAGAACUAGAAAAAACGUGAAGAAACAAGACGCAUAUACAAUUAGGAAACAAAUUUAAGAAGAUUGCUAAUUGUAUUUUUGCACUUGAAAAUAUAAAAUUGAAAAUAUAAAAUUGAAAAUAUAAAGCUUGAAAAUAUGAAAUUGAAAAACUAUGAGAGAAUUAAAACGUGAGUGUGAGCGAAUGAGAUAAUGAAUGAGACAGGUAUGAUAUAAAUGACAUAUUGAGAAAUAUCUGGCUUCUUGUAUACUGUGAUCUCUAUACUAUAUGCAGAAAGAAUAUAAGUACAUAGUUAAUUAGGAAUUAUUAUCUAGAUAAAACAUGCGUGCAUGUUACACACAUUUAGAUCAAACAUCUGUCUAGAAUUUGCGU